UGACAGACUAUGGAUCCGCCAUUCCCUGCCCAGUCUGAAUUGUGCCAAACGCUGUGCCUUUCCUCGGAUUCCGGUUCCAUUCAGCGAAGCCCUAAACCAACCUCUUCGCAGUCAACCACAGCCACAGAUGUAAAGAGCUACCUUCCUAACCUACCCAGAGUAGCCCUACAUGACCCCAUGAUAGGCGACUUUCUCGAAUCAGACCUCGUGACACCGACACUUGACAAGCUUGCACCACAUCUGUGGCUAGUUGCGAAGCAGGAUAGCUCACACAUCUCAACGCUCACGCAUCAAAUUGUACGAGGGCGCCAGAUCAUUGUCAGCGAGGAUCCAGGAUUACAUCUUGUCUGGAUAGAGGACAGAGUCUUCGUAAAGCCGGUGCCAAAAUACCUCCUAUCGCAUGCCUUCUGGAAGUACUACCUGACCAGCAACGACUCCCCCAUCCCACAACCGCAACGAACACACCUCACUAAAGCAGCCCUUGGGUUCCUUCGGUCGUACAGCCAUCUCAUUCGACACAAGUCUGACCAUCGCCUGGCAGUUGACGACAAGCAUCUCUUGGUACCAGCAAAGAUACCAUUCUCCGACUUCACCCGCUUCAUCGUCGCAUUCGAGCAUGUCCCAGAUAGCGAUGUCUCGCCACGCUAUGCAUACGGCGAAUUGCGGCUCUCGCGAUUGAACUUCUGGACGAAGAUAUUUCUCCGACGGUUCACUUAUCAAAAGGUGCACGGCCAAUAUGCGGCAUACUUUGCAAGAUUCUAUGCGCCCAUCCUUUUUGCGUUCGGGGUCUUCAGUGUGAUGUUAAGCGCUAUGCAGGUCGCAUUGGCUGUCCAACAACUCAUCACGUCUGGUCCUUCAUGGCAGGAUUUUGCUCGGGUAUCUAGGGGGUUUUCGAUAUUCGCCAUUUUUGUUGUUGUCUUAGUCAUAAUUGGUCUGGCUGGUGUGGCCAUCGCCUUGUCUUCUCGGGAAAUUGUGUUCGCCUUGAGGGAUUUGUAUCGAAGACACAGUGCUAGAAAAGGGCGGAAAGGAAUAAGCCCUGAAUGAAGGGUUCAAAACAGCUUAAUACUCAACUCUGGAUAAGCUUAGGUACUUCUUACUCCCAACUAAAUGCCUAAUUAAUAUCUUAUGCCCCUCACUAGACCCUAACUCC